AUGAAAGGUGAUGACAUCAUCAAAGAAUGUGAUGUCAUCAAAGAACGUGAUGUCAUAACAGACAUUAAAGACUGUGAUGAUGUCAUAACAGACAGACAGACUUCCGAGCCAACAGAAGAUUGUAGGUGAAGGAGAAUUCCGCUGUUUCAACCAGUGCAAGAGUUUGCAGAGAGAAGAGGUUUACGUUUCUACAAAAAACAGAAACACAGAAGAAACGAUGCAGAGCACAAGGACUACGAUGAACAUGGACAGGACCAUUCCUGUGAUCCAGCCCACCAUCCUUCGUCCCAUAGUGGUCACAUUCGUUCAGCAACUGUCUGAGAGUCAAUGGACCACAAUAAAGCAUGGGUCUCUGGACCAGGAGACCAAAGACAUGAUCACAGACAUGUGUGUGGACAUUGUCGGCACUGUAGCCAAAUACAUCUCCAUUGCUUUAGAGAUGAGGGAGAGCAAAGAAUGUCCUCCCAAAUCACCAAAGGGGAGUAUCACAGAGAAAGAUGUCCACGCAAUCCUGGGAGACAGCAUUAACUCCACCAUUGCAGAUGUACUGGGCAUCAAAGAGGACAUCCGUAGCAGGACCACAGAGGAGGUGAACGAUCUCGUGGUCCAAGAAGUUACAGAGCGGAUCAACUCCAACGGAGUCAGCAGGGGCCCAGGGCAGCAGGCCACCAAGUCUUUCUGCUACAGACUGAGAAAGAUGGUUAUACGGAUCGGAAAGAUCAUGCUCAUGUGCUGUGGUAAUUAUUGUGAUUAUCCUGACAGCCGCAGCAUCUGGAGUCUGACUCCUACCAAAACAGAGGUACAGGAAGAAGACGUUAAGGAAGAAGAGCCGGUUGGGGACCAUUUUCAGACCCCUGUGACCCCCUUCAUGGAGGACGAACCUGAAAUGUUCCACAGUGAAAGCCCCAAACAUGAAACAUUUCAGGCGGUCAAGUCCAUCCUGUCAGAGCACAGAGAUGACCUGGAUGAUUCUGACAGUGAAGAUGACCUUUCAGAGGAGGAAUUAUCCCAACAUCUGUCCAGAGCUGACAGGGACACAAACGAAACCGCUUCUGAAAUUGUCAAAAUUGUCUGUGGCGACAGCGUUUCACAGGAGCCAGAAGCUUCAUCUGUUAGAGAGGCCACACCACCCACCAACACAAAGAAAACCAGAGAGAGAAAAAUCAUCAGAAGGAUCAAGAUGUUUUUCACAAAAAGGUUUGCAAAAAACUGUAUCAUGAAACUUUUCCGCAAACUCACUGAAAAGACCUCUGUAGAAGAAAGAGAUUCUGUCGUGAGUCCACUCAUGACGGGGGUUUCAAAUAUUGUGGACGACAUGAUCGAGAAAACGGAGAGACAGUGCACAGAUGUGAUGUGCUUCUACAGGAGGAUGGCCAGAAACAUCACUGAUGACCAGUUUGAAAAUGACAAAACAAUGCUGGUGAGAUUCAUCUUGUCUCAGCUGAAUUAUCAGAAGAAACAGAAGCUCUAUUCUGCAGGUGUUAUCCGCGCUGAGGUGGACCGGUUCAUGAAGAUGAUGUGGAACUGGUUGGUUGCGCAGGCGGAGAAGCACAAUAGAGGGACAGACCGAGCCACCGCUGCUGUGAGGCAGAUCGAGGCAGUUGUGGAAGAAAACCAAGCUUUUCCAAAACUGACCGAGAUCUCCCAGUCUGCAGCUACACCAGCUCCUGUCACUGAGGAGACAAACAUCCGUGAGGAAGCUGGGCUAAGCGGUCUAGCUUCACUGGAUUAUUGGGAUAGACUAACCUGUCAAGUUCUGGCGAGUAAGCUGGUGAAAACGAUCACUGGCACCUGGUCAAUGGAUGUCCAAGGAGACCAGGCUAUCUCAGUUUUGACAGAGGCGCUGUGGGCAGAAAUGGAGGGCUCUAAAGUCAGGGUUGGUCUGUCCAUGGUCAACGUAAGGAAGAUGGUAAAGAAGGUGCACAAGAAACUGUCCAAGAAGUUAGAGAUCGAGCUGAUCAAGUUCACAAUUGUACAGGAUCCUAAGGUCCUCACCCACAUCAUUGAGGCCUUUAAAGAAGAACUGAUCCCCAAACAAAAGAGUGGAGUCAAAGGCUUCUUCAAGUCUGUGUUUAAACCCUUCACCCGCAUCUUCAAACGUGACUAA